AUGGGUUACGACUACAAGUACAACAAGAACGAGAUAUCAGCGAUGAAAAACGCAAUCAUCACCUUCCUGCUAGCAGGCCACGACGGAAUACAACAUAACAAGAUAGACGGAGACGACACGGAGGAGCUCGAAGCAAUCAUACAAAUCAUGCAUAACAAGAAAAGGAGUAUCACCAGCGGUUGA